AUGUCGGAACAAACGUCUCCAUCUCAAUCGCCGGCACCGUCGCAAUCCUCUUCCACAAUCCCGACCUCGAUUCCUACGCUUCGUCCCAAGAAGCAGAAGCCAACCUUCGCACGCCCUGCAUCGUCGGACCUUCAGUCGCGUCUCCGAGCCUUCCUCCCUCAAAUGGCCGCCGCAAACGCCGAACUCGAGAAGCUUGCACAGGAGGGCAGGCUUGAGGGCAAGAGGCUUGAGGAUGUAGGCGAGGGCGAUGAGUACGUCGAGAUGGAGCUAGGCUUGGGUGUCAUGGAAGAAAAGAAAGAGGGAGAGGACAGCAGCGACGAUAGCUCGAACGAGAGCUCAGACGACAGCAGUGAAGCCAGCAGCGAAGAUGGUGACGACGACGAUGACAACAACAACAAGGAGCAGAAGAAGAAGCAGAAAGAGAAGGAACAGAAGGAGAAGGACAUUCUAGGCAGACUUAUGGGACACAAGCAGGGUAGAGAAAAGGCUGCUGGUAUUCAGGAGGUUGAAUGA